AUGCAAAGUGAUGGAGAAGGCAAAGCCGCGAAAAUCCAGAGCAAGAAGAUGGAAGCCACCGGGGAAGCAACGGGAACAGUAGACUUAAUUAAAUCACAGAAAAAGUUAGGUCAGAUACAGGAUAAAGAUGAGAAGAAAGUAGACACUCUUACAUCCCAGAAUAAUGAAGAAUAUCUGUUCAUAGGAGCGAUUGAAAAUAAUAGCGAGAAACAUGUCUGGUUAACGGAGCUAGAAAUAAACGAGAAAAGAAUGAAAUUCAAACUCCGGAAGUAUUUCGAAGGUUGUGAGCAAUACAUAGAUGAUGUUAUUGUCUGGGGGAAAAACAAAGCGGAACACGAUGAAAGACUAAGGAAAGUUUUAGAAACUGCCAAAAGGAACAAAGUCAAAUUUAACUUAAGUAAAUGUCAGUUUGGUAAAAGUAAUGUCAAGUACAUGGGGCAUAUUAUCAGUGCUGAGGGUGUCGCGUUAGAUGAAAGCAAAGUAACAGCUAUUAAAGAACUGCAAACUCCUAAGUGUAAAGAAGAUGUACAACGUGUGUUGGGAAUGUUAACUUAU